UUUUGUGUUGUCGCUUCCGUUAGGUCGGGCUCUCAGUAUGCGGAACUCCCUGCAGGCUUCUAGCGCUGAUGAUGAUGAGGAGGAGGAUGUUGUGAAGGCAGGUUGUAACUGACCGAGCCACACGUUUCACUGAGCAGGCAGGCGGACACAUAUUUCGCAUCAUUUAUUAUGUUCCGGGACACUCAAACGGAGUGGCUGACCUUUUCAGCGGUUGUCCGCGCUCGAUCUUUUCAAUGAUAAAAAAAAAGGACUGAAUUCUGACAAACAUCGCUGCCUCUCCGCCGUGACCGAGGAGAGCACCCACCAUCCAGGCCGUCAUCGGCAGCUGGCUGGCUUGGCAGCGAGCAUUAGCGGCUAACCGGCUAACGUAGAUUGGACCCAGUCUUCUUCUUCUUUUAUGUUUUGUUUUGUUUUGGUUUUUUUUGAACCAUCAUAAUGAUAGUAAAGGAGCUGCAUUUCAAAUAUACACCUGAGCUUUCUCACUUGUGAUGGAAAGGUACCCUUAACUCAAGAGGCGACGUAUAUCCUGGAUGCUGUGACAUACAGGACAUGGUCAGUCCAACAUGGAGAAAAAGAAAAUGUGCCCCCGCCUUCUCGACUACUUGGUAGUGGUCGGAGCAAGGCAACCUACUAGUGACAGUGUGGCCCAGACUCCUCAGCUUCUCCGACGCUACCCACUAGAGGACCACCAAGACUUUCCGCUCCCACCAGACGUGGUUUUCUUCUGCCAACCGGAGGGUUGCCUGAGUAUACGCCAGCGCAGGGUCAGCCUUCGCGAUGACUCCUCUUUUGUUUUCACCCUGACUGACAAGGACUCAGGAAUCACUCGCUACGGAAUCUGCGUCAACUUCUACCGUUCCUUUCAGCGAGGACAUCAUCGUACUCGAGCAGAGAAGAGCAGUCACGCUGAGACAGCAGAACAGGCAACAGAGACCACAAGCGAAGGGUCUGAUAGUGGCGGGGGUGGAGCUCCACACCGUGUGGUUUCUCCACCCAAGAAUGCAGAGUCAGUACCUCCGCCUGCUUCUGGAGAAGAGGGUGGACAGCAAGGUGCUGAGCAAAAUGCCGGCAAGUCCCCACAGCACAAACGGAGUGCUGCUAAGGUGGCAGCCAGGAACCGCAACAGCACACUGACCUCACUGUGCAUACUCAGCCAUUACCCCUUCUUCUCCACCUUCAGGGAAUGCUUAUAUAUUCUCAAGAGGCUAGUGGACUGCUGCAGUCAAAGGCUAACACAACGGGCGGGGCUUCCUCGUGCCACCCAGAGGGACACCAUGUGGCGGGUGUUUACCGGUGCGUUGUCGGUGGAAGAGAAAGGCAGCCAGCUGCUGGCCGACCUGCGGGAGAUUGAAUCCUGGGUGUACCGGUUGCUGCGUUCACCAGUGCCAGUGGCGGGUCAGAGACGUGUGGAUGUGGAAGUGCUGCCCCAUGAGCUCAAAAGGCCACUCACCUUUGCCCUACCUGACAACUCUCGCUUCUCCAUGGUCGAUUUCCCGCUGCACCUGCCCUUAGAGCUGUUGGGUGUGGAUGCCUGUCUUCAGGUCCUCAGCUGUGUCCUGCUAGAGCACAAAGUCAUUCUUCAGUCCCGAGAUUAUAAUGCUUUGUCUAUGAGCGUCAUGGCCUUUGUGGCCAUGAUUUACCCGCUGGAGUACAUGUUCCCAGUCAUUCCCUUACUGCCAACAUGUAUGGCCUCUGCUGAACAGCUCCUUCUUGCUCCCACUCCCUACAUUAUAGGUGUACCAGCCAGCUUCUUCCUCUACAAAUCCGACUUCAAAAUGCCAGACGAUAUUUGGCUUGUUGACCUUGACAGCAGCAAGGUUAUAGCACCUACCAAUGCAGAGCUUCUACCACCUCUUCCGGAGCCUGAAGCAGGCGAGCUUAAGAAACAUCUAAAACAGGCUUUGACCAGCAUGAGUUUGAACACCCAACCAAUUCUCAACCUGGAGAAGUUUCAGGAAGGUCAGGAGAUGCCCCUGCUCCCGCCUGGUCGAGAUAAAGCUUCACCGUCAUCCACCGAAUUCAACCCUCUAAUUUAUGGCAAUGAUGUCGAUUCUGUGGACGUAGCUACCAGGGUUGCCAUGGUACGGUUUUUCAACUCUCCAAAUGUUCUUCAGGGGUUCCAGAUGCACACUCGCACUUUGCGCCUCUUCCCGCGGCCAGUGGUUGCUUUUCAGUCAACAUCUUUUCUUGCAUCUCGGCCAAGACGCUCUACCUUUGCAGACAAGCUUUCUCACACCCAGGCCGUAGAGUUCUAUGGAGAGUGGGCUCUCAAUCCCACAAACCUUGCCUUUCAGAGGAUCCAUAACAAUGUGUUUGACCCCUCCUUAAUUGGAGACAAGCCCAAAUGGUAUGCACAUCAGCUGCAGCCAGUGGUCUACAGAGUAUAUGAUGGAAGCUCCCAACUGGUUGAGGCUAUGGCUGGCCCGCUGGAGGAUGAAGGCAAUGAGUCUGACCCCACAGACAGCGGCAGUGACAGUGAGGCUUACGACGACUCCAGCUCAUCCUAUUCCUCACUUGGAGACCUAGUGAGUGAGAUGAUUCAAGGUGACAUCCAGGGAGACACACCAAGCUUGGACCCGCCCACCCAUGCAGCACUGGGAGAUGCUAGUGAGGUUGAGUUUCAAGACUACCAUGACUUCAGGGAAGGGCAUGGCCCUGAAGGACCACCCAGUGGGGACGGACCUGCUGAGCCUUCUGAUGGACAGCCUCUUCGCUCAAGCUCUAGCACAACUGCAAGCUCAAGCCCCAGCACAAUCAUCCAGGGGGUCAACCAUGAGCAAGGGGAAGUACCUGAAAUUGAGGCAUCAGCAAGUGCUGCUUUACAGAACCCUGUGCCGGGAUUGGCCAAUCAGCCGUUCCUCAGACCUGCAGCUGAUGCUGGUCUGGUGGAGCAUGCCAACAAAAAGCAAGAGUAUGACAACCCAUAUUUUGAGCCUCAGUAUGGCUUCCCCUCAGAGGAUGACCCUGAUGCAGAAGAGCAAGUGGAAUCAUACACCCCUCGAUUCAACCAGAACCUCAAUGGCAACAAGAUACAGCGUCCUUUACGCCCCAGUAGCCUGAGGCUCCCAGGAGAGUCCGAUGGGGAGGGAGACUCGCGUAACAGUUCACCAAACUCCACCAUUUCCAACAACAGCAACGAUGGAUUUGGAGGACUCAUGUCCUUUGCCAGCAAUCUCUACAAGAACCACGGCACAAGUUUCAGCUUGUCCAAUCUUGCCCUUCCUAAUAAGGCAGCAAGGGAGAAAUCAACACCGUUCCCCAGUCUAAAAGUAUUUGGGCUAAAUUCUCUAAUGGAGAUAAUUACAGAGGCCGGCCCGGGGAGCGGAGAAGGCGCACGCGCACCUCGAGCACUUGUUGACCAGAAGUCUUCAGUGAUCAAACACAGUCCGACUGUGAAAAGAGAAUCGCCCUCUCCGCAGGGCCGGGUAAACAACACGAGUGAGAACCAGCAGUUCCUUAAGGAAGUAGUGCAGAGUGUUCUGGAUGGUCAGGGAGUCGGCUGGCUCAAUAUGAAAAAGGUGCGCCGCCUGUUGGAGAACGAGCAGCUUCGUGUGUUUGUGCUGAGUAAGCUGAACAGAGCCGUCCAGUCGGAGGAAGAUGCCAGGCAGGAGAUCAUUCGGGAUGUGGAGGUGAACAGGAAGGUGUACAAAGGCAUGUUGGACAUCUUGAAGUGCACCGUUUCCAGUCUGGAGCACUCCUACACUAAUGCAGGCCUCGGGGGAAUGGCCAGUGUAUUCAGCCUGCUGGAAAUAGCACGUACACAUUAUCAAACCAAAGACCCAGAAAAGCGCAAGCGAAGCCCCACAGACAGUGCUGGCAGCCCAGGGAGUAAAGAGAGUCCUUCUGGUCGUAUGGAGACUGCCAGACCUCAGGGCCUUCUGAAUAUUCCCCACCUGCAGCUGCCACACCACACAACGGGCAAAGGAGCCCGCCAUUUUGAUACCCGGAGUCUGAAUGAGGAGAACUUUAUUGCCUCGAUUGAAUUGUGGAGCAAGCACCAGGAUAAGCAAAAAGCUAUGGAAAAACAACAGACAAAGCAGCAGCGCCCCCAGGUGACAGAUGCAGAGGAGAAGAAGUCCCAAAUCAGUGCUGAUAGUGGCCUGAGUGUAACAUCUGGAUCUCAGAAGAGUGACACCGAAUCUGUAGCAAGCUCAGAGCCACCGAUCCUGACAAGGAGCACCAGCCAGGACUCAGAGGCCAGCACAGUGAUAAGCAAUAGCUCUGGAGAGACUCUUGGAGCUGACAGUGAUCUGAGCAGCACAGCAGGCGAUGGGCUUGGCGGGAGAACCGCCCCUCAUUUAACUCAGUCCAGGGGGACUCUAUCUGACAGCGAGAUUGAAACCAACCCAGCCACCAGCUCAGUGUUUGGGAAGACCCACACUCUGAAACCUGGUGUAAAAGAUCAUUUACCUGCCUUGGCAAAGGGGCUGCCUGCACAGCCCAUUGAGGACACCAGUAUGAGGAUUUACCUUUUCGAAGGCCUGCUGGGCCGUGAUAAGAGCUCCGUUUGGGAUCAACUAGAGGAUGCUGCCAUGGAAACCUUUUCACUAAGUAAGGAGCGCUCCACACUUUGGGACCAGGUGCAGUUCUGGGAGGAUGCCUUCUUAGAUGCUGUUAUGUUGGAGCGUGAGGGCAUGGGCAUGGACCAAGGACCUCAGGAGAUGAUCGAAAGAUACCUGUCACUGGGAGAACAUGACCGUAAGCGCCUGGAGGAUGAUGAAGACAGACUUUUGGCCACCCUGCUGCACAACAUGAUUGCAUACAUGCUAAUGAUGAAAGUGAACAAAAAUGACAUCAGGAAGAAAGUGAGGCGCCUGAUGGGCAAGUCCCACAUCGGCCUCACGUAUAGCCAAGAGAUCAACGAGAUACUUGACAAACUGGCUCAAAUGAACGGCCGAGAGCUGUCCAUCAGGCCCAGCGGAAGCCGUCACAUCAAGAAACAAACAUUUGUUGUUCAUGCUGGCACUGAUACUACAGGAGACAUCUUUUUCAUGGAGGUUUGCGAUGACUGCAUAGUCCUGCGCAGCAACAUUGGUACCGUUUAUGAACGCUGGUGGUAUGAGAAACUCAUCAACAUGACCUACUGCCCCAAGACCAAGGUGCUGUGUCUCUGGAGACGCAACGGCCAAGAGACGCAGCUGAAUAAGUUCUAUACCAAAAAGUGUCGUGAACUCUACUACUGUGUUAAAGACAGUAUGGAAAGAGCUGCAGCAAGACAGCAAAGCAUUAAACCAGGUCCCGAACUGGGCGGAGAGUUCCCCGUCCAGGACAUGAAGACUGGUGAAGGUGGACUACUGCAGGUCACACUGGAGGGAAUCAACCUUAAAUUCAUGCACAGCCAGGUUUUCAUAGAGCUGAGUCACAUUAAAAAGUGCAAUACAGUGAAGGGAGUCUUUGUCCUGGAGGAAUUUGUUCCUGAAACUAAAGAAGUGGUGAUCCACAAGUACAAGACCCCGAUGGCACAUCAGAUCUGUUACUCGGUCCUCUGCCUUUUCUCGUACGUGGCGGCAGUGAAGGGGAAGGAGGCGGAAGGAAAACCCAAGAUGCUGUCACCGAGACCCCUUCCUAGCUAGUCUACACCUCACGCUCUCCUCCCCUUCCCUCUCUCCCUCAUCCCCGGCGUGCCUCUCUCUACUUGAAAAUGGCAUCUCUGCUCCUAAAACCACAGACUCGACAAUCCCCAACUUCACUCUAAGCACACAACUCCCGCGCUCUCCUCCUGUGUAUAUACAAACCCGAGACCCUUUUUAGAUCCAAUUGUGUAGACAUGUUUGGUCUGUGAUGUCAUGUAAAUACUUCCAGCUCUUCACCGCUGUUGCCCAGAUGUUCUUUCCUAACUAGCUAAAUGUUUGCCCGCUCCAUUACUCUGGAAAAGUUGCUCCCCCCAGAGCUCUUCUGCUCCCGGUGAAAGUUUUGCUCCUUGUUCCUGCUAGCAGGAUCCAACAGUUUUUACUCGUAUAUGAUGUGAGGGCUCCACAACCCAUCACCCCCCCAACCCCCGAGGCAUUGAGUGCUUGCAGGUCCCGCGCACAGCCUCGACGUACAGCGUAGCUUCCUCCCCUCUCCUGCCCAUCUCCAUAUGACUGUAUGACUUAUUCUGUGAUAUGUGGUUACUGUAAAGGUCCAGUCUGUCCAAGUUGGUCCAGCAACCAGAGACCAUCGUGUAGUGCGGGAUGUUCCAUGCUGAAAAUGCUACUGUAUACUGCACCAGAGCACCGCAUGUAAACGCUUCGUUAUGGUGUUUGAACCCUAAAAUACUGUGAGUGUUCUCAGAUGUGUACUCUUGCCCUAGCCCGGCCCACCCGGCUCAAUUACUGUUCUAGUUCUACUGUAAAAUUUCUCGUCUGUGGUCUGCUGUUAUCAAUUGCAUGUUACUAUAAGGAUGACAAAUAAAUAUUAUAUAUAUUUCUAUAUAUAGUAUUUAUUUAAUAUAUACAUAUAUUGACUGUACAUUUCUGGAAAACAAAAUGUUACAAAUGUUAAUUUGCUAGAUGUGCAAUACUUAAUAAGUAGUUAGCCAUUGCCAGAGCCAGGUUUUCUCGAGUGAACUGGCUUUCACAGGGUGACGAAUGUAAGAACGAGUUUGUUUUUCUAUAGUACACAUCGAUCGAUUGAAUAUUACGACUUCAGUGUGACACGAGCAUUUAGUUUUAAAAGGUGAUCACAGGUCAGUCGGUGCAAAGGACUGCUGCUGUGUCGCUCUCUGUGGGUGUUGCAAACCCCACCCCAAUCAGUGAUGUCACAGCAGGCGGCGGGGAUGCCGGGGUAAAUGUCACCGUCUUCUCACAGCUUUUAAUUGUAGGCAAAGGCUGCAUGGAUAAUGAGCUACUAGAGGCAGUGCAAAAUGUCUUUGAUGGUACACAUGUGAGCUGUUUGUGUGCCCACUUUAAACAACGGAUGUUUCAAAAUAUUCCUGCUAUUUUUUUUUCUUCACAUGACCAUAAAUAUAAGUAUGUGAGUCAUUAAAACAUUCAGUGUUCGGUGAUAAUUUAGAGAUAUAAUUGUAGAUAUUUCCAUAUUUGUGGUACAAACACUGGAGCUACACGCUGGUACUUAAUGAAACACCAAUAAAAAGUAGUGGGGAAAACAAGGAAUUUUUAGUAACAGUGUAACAUCCAUGCUGGAAUUAUUCCUGAGCGACUGAAAACACAAAUAUUCACUAGAGAAGCCGAAACCAGUGUAGGAGCUGCAUAACCAACUGAUGGGGUGUGGAGAAAUGAGAAAUAAGCCACCAAACCCACAGCAGCAGUUCUUCCUCCUGCGACUGACCCUUCAGACACGCUGAAGAUGCCAUCUGUGGUCACCUGAUCUCCAAGGAGACGAUCGAGUCUUAAUGUCGUGUCUGGUCCCAUCGCUGGCUCGUUUACUUUCACAGUGAGAGUGCGUGUGAGUGUUUUUGUGGUUCGCGUGUGUGAAUGUGGUGAACACUUUUCUCCAGAUCAGCAAUAUAUCAGUACAGCUGUAAGGCUGGAAGAUGUUAUUUUGAUCCUGACAUGCUUGUAUUUUUAAGGAAUUUAACUGUGCAAAAGGAAAUCCGAGUGUGGAGAAGAUGCUGUUAAUAAAUGACAGAACUUGAUCUGAAGCAUCUGCAAAACUGAUCUGAGAAUUUUCUGCUUGAGUUAACUUUUUUUUUUUUUUAAACUGGAUUAUUACAACUCAUCUCUGUUGCUGUGAAAUCUGAUAGCUGUAAAGAGAAGGAAAAAUGAAAUGAGAUGGAAGGUGUAACUAUUCCAGUAUUCAAAAAGUAUUUAUAAAAUAUGUACAGCUUUGGCAAUAUAAUAAAGAUGUCCCAAACGAA